AACCCACGUGAGCUACGUUGUCCACAGUCUCUGACACACGACUUCUUUGCCAAAAUACCCUUCUCCCUCUAUCUCUGCCAUGUCGCUUCUUCAAGCUUCAAUCUUUUCCCUCUUCUCUGUUUUAUUUAUAUCCCUCUCUUUUUCUUCCCUACUUUGAUCAUUCAUGUCUUUAUCACUGUUUGUUCAUUUCACCCUGUAAAGUUCACUUCUUUGGCCAUGGAGUUUAAGCUUUCGUUUCACUUCCUCUGUUUUCUUCUCCAUUUGUUGUUGUUGGGCGCCAUUAGAGCUCGAGAGGAGCGAAACCCAGAAAGGGAAGCUCUUAUUUCUUUCAAAACAGGGCUUCAGAACCCUCAUCUCCUUUCUGCAUGGAACCGGAAAGCUCAUCACUGUGAAUGGGAUGGUGUCGUGUGCCAACUCGGUCGAGUCACCGUUCUUGCACUUACAACUAGGUCUUUGAAAGGUCCACUCUCUCCGUCCCUUUCCUCCCUCUCCACCCUCACCCUUCUGGACUUGUCCUCCAACUUUCUGUUUGGCCAAAUACCGGUUGAGUUGGCUGAGUUGACUAUGCUGGAGACUCUCAAACUCGGGUCCAAUUUUCUCACCGGAAAAAUCCCUCCGGAGCUCGGCAACCUGAAAGCUCUUCGUACUAUUGAACUUUCCACCAAUGCAUUCAGUGGAACAGUGCCGGCUCAGCUCGGGAAGUUGACUCGGUUAGAGUUCUUGGACCUAGCCAACAAUUUCCUUUCAGGUUCUCUCCCUUUAACUCUCUUCAAAAACCUUCAAUCUUUAACCUCUCUAGAUAUUUCCAACAAUUCAUUCUCUGGUAACAUCCCACCAGAAAUUGGUGACCUUAAAAACCUGACCGCUCUUUACAUUGGUAGUAAUCAAUUCACGGGGCAGUUGCCACCUCAAAUUGGUAACCUUUCACUGCUUCAGAACUUCUUUGCACCCUCCUGUUCCAUAACAGGGCCUUUACCUGAAGAACUAUUCAGUCUAAAGUUGCUUUCCAACCUUGACCUUUCAUAUAACCCAUUGAAAUGUUCCAUCCCAAAAUCCAUAGGAAAGUUGAAGAAUUUGAGUAUAUUGACCCUUGUUUACUCUGAGAUCAAUGGUUCUUUACCAGCACAGCUUGGAGAUUGCCAGAAGUUGGUUAUGUUGAUGCUGUCCUUUAAUUCUAUAUCCGGGUCCUUGCCUGAAGAGCUUUCCAAUUUGCCUAUGUUAACAUUUUCAGCUGAAAUGAAUCAGCUCUCUGGGCCAUUGCCGCCUUGGCUUGGGAAAUGGAACAAAGCGGAGUCAUUGCUGCUUUCGAGCAACCGAUUUUCAGGUAAUAUCCCUCCUGAGAUUGGGAGUUGUUCAAUGCUGAAGCACCUUAGUUUGAGCAAUAACAACUUGUCGGGUGCGAUACCGAGUGAGUUAUGCAAUGCGGAAUCACUUUUGGAGAUUAAUCUUGAUGGCAAUAACCUGUCGAGUACUAUCGAAAAUGUGUUUGUGAAAUGUCGAAAUCUCACUCAGUUGGUUUUGUUUAAGAAUCAUAUCAAUGGUUCAGUGCCCGAGUAUCUUUCAGAGCUUCCAUUGAUGGUUAUUGACCUUGACUCCAACAAUUUCACUGGUAGUAUACCUGUGAGCUUAUGGAGUACAGAAACUUUGAUGGAGUUUUCAGCUGGAAAUAAUAUGCUAGAAGGUUCUUUGCCAGUUGAAAUUGGUAAUGCUGUUACAUUGCAGACCCUUGUUCUUAAUCAUAAUCGCUUGAAGGGCGGUAUACCUAAGGAGAUUGGCAAUCUAACAGCUCUUUCUGUGCUUAACUUGAACUCAAAUUUCUUACAAGGACAUGUACCAGUUGAAAUUGGAGACUGCAGAGGAUUGACAACAUUGGAUCUUGGAAACAACAAUUUGAGUGGAUCAAUCCCGGUGGAACUUGCAGAUUUGCUACUGCUGCAAUGCCUGGUUCUUUCUCACAAUAAUCUAUCAGGUUCAAUCCCUUCAAAACCAUCAUCGUAUUUCAGUCAGGUUAAUAUGCCUGAUUUAAGCUUUGUUCAGCACCAUGGAGUAUUCGAUUUGUCGAACAAUAGAUUGACUGGUCCAAUACCUGAAGAACUGGGAAACUGUGUGGUGGUGGUGGAUCUUCUUCUCAACAACAAUAUGCUCACUGGCAAGAUUCCAGGAUCACUUUCUCGACUGAAAAAUCUUACAACUUUGGAUUUGUCUGGAAAUUUGCUAACAGGUUCAAUUCCUGUUGAAUUUGGUGACUCUCUCAAGCUUCAGGGCUUGUAUUUGGGGAAUAAUGAGCUUACUGGCGCCAUCCCUGAAAGCUUAGGUCAUGUUGGUAGUUUGGUGAAGCUAAACUUGACUGGCAAUAAGUUAUCAGGUGUUAUUCCUGCAAGUUUUGGGAACUUGAAUGAGCUUACUCACUUGGAUUUAAGCCGAAAUGAUCUUAUUGGGGAGCUACCUUCUUCGCUGUCGGAGACUAUUAACCUGGUGGGGCUAUAUGUUCAGCAGAAUAGGCUCUCUGGUGGGGUAGCUAAUCUGUUCUCCGAUUCCCUGUCAUGGAAGGUUGAAGACAUGAAUUUGAGUAACAACAUUUUCAGUGGACACUUGCCACACUCUUUGGGCAAUUUGUCUUAUGUGACUUACUUAGAUCUUCAUGGGAAUAUGUUCACUGGUGAGAUUCCUUCAGAAGUUGGUAACUUGAUGCAACUUGAAUAUUUUGAUGUAUCGGGAAACAGAUUAUCAGGAGAGAUUCCGGAGAAAAUAUGCGAGCUGUUCAAUCUGUUCUACUUGAAUCUGGCAGAAAACCGGUUGGAAGGUCCUGUACCCCGGAAUGGUAUUUGCCAAAACCUGUCAAGGAUUUUACUUGCUGGAAACAAUGAUCUGUGUGGCAGAAUCAUGGGUUUAGAGUGCCGGAUCACAAGUCUCGAGAGAUCCUCUUUGUUAAAUGCUUGGGGCCUUGCUGCGAUCGCAGCUGCAACUGUCUUCAUCAUUUUUACUCUGGCCUUUGUUCUACGGAGAUGGAUUGUGAGUAGUAGUCGGCAAAAUGAUCCGGAAGAAACUGAGGAAACUAAACUGAAGACCUUUAUAGAUCAGGAGCUCUAUUUCUUGGGUAGCAUCAGAUCGAAGGAGCCUCUGAGCAUCAAUGUAGCAAUGUUCCAGCAGCCACUCCUGAAACUCACCUUAGGUGACAUUGUUGAGGGCACCAGUCACUUCUGUAAGACAAAUAUAAUAGGAGAUGGAGGGUUUGGAACGGUUUACAAAGCUAAGUUGCCUAGCGGGAAGACAGUUGCGGUCAAGAAGCUAAGCCAGGCAAAAACACAGGGCAAUCGGGAAUUCAUUGCUGAAAUGGAAACCUUGGGUAAGGUGAAGCACCAAAACCUUGUCCCAUUGCUUGGAUACUGUUCCCUGGGCGAGGAGAAGCUCCUUGUUUAUGAAUACAUGAUCAAUGGAAGUUUGGAUCUUUGGUUGAGGAACCGCACUGGAGCUCUCGAUAUCCUUGACUGGCCAAAACGCUUCAAAAUCGCAGUGGGUGCUGCUCGAGGGUUGGCUUUUCUUCACCACGGUUUCAUCCCUCAUAUCAUCCACAGGGAUAUCAAAGCCAGCAAUAUCUUACUGAGUGAAGACUUUGAACCUAAAGUUGCCGACUUUGGGCUGGCAAGGCUUAUCAGUGCAUGUGAAACGCAUGUUAGCACGGACAUUGCAGGGACUUUGGGUUACAUCCCACCGGAAUACGGACAGAGCAGCAGGUGCAGUGCAAAGGGAGAUGUCUAUAGUUUCGGUGUAAUUCUAAUGGAACUGGUGACGGGAAAAGAACCAACAGGCCCCGAUUUCAAGGAGAUCGAAGGAGGGAACUUGGUCGGGUGGGUGUCGAAGAAGACGAGAAUGGGUCAGGCUGCUGAUGUUUUAGAUGCAAUGGCGUUGAAUGUAGAUUCAAAGCAGAUGAUGCUCAAGGUACUGAGUAUUGCUCAAGUUUGCCUGUCCGAAAAUCCUGCCAAUAGACCAACAAUGCUUCAUGUGCUGAAGCUCCUGGAGGAGAUCAUGGAGGAUUAACCGUCUUUCUGCUUCCAUGUAAUAAUAUUGUAAAGUUUUUUCCCCCUCUACAAACAAGUUGGAAUAUGUAUGGCUACGUUGUCAGAUUCAGUUUCUAAUCUAAUUAUAUAUUUAUCAUCGUC